AUGCGCAGAGCGAGGCCAGGAGGCGGCGGAGCAGGCGGCUUCGCGGCUGCGCGGCUGCGGGCGGGGGACGGACCGGCGCGUGCUGGCGGCGGCGGAGGCGGCGAAGUCCCGGCCCGCGCCCGCGGCGCCCCCGCUGCGGCCCGAGCGGCCUGGCUGUGGGAUCGGUGCGCAGCGAUGGCGCGGCCGCUCCGGCAGAGCCCGGGGGCGUGGGUGCCGCUGCUCUGGCUGCUGCUGGCCGGGCCCAUCGCCUGCACCGCCAGCCCCGCGGACGACGGCACGGGCCCGGGGGGCCGGGGACCCCGGGGCCGCGCGCGGGGAGAUGCGAGCACUGACGAGGUGGUGCCGCGCCACGACUCCUCCUACGGCACGUUCGCGGGGGAGUUCUACGACUUGCGCUACCUGUCCGAGGAGGGGUACCCUUUCCCUACCGCUCCUCCUGUGGACCCGUUCGCCAAAAUCAAAGUGGAUGACUGUGGAAAAACGAAGGGAUGCUUUAGAUAUGGCAAACCAGGAUGUAAUGCAGAGACCUGUGACUACUUCCUUAGCUACCGGAUGAUCGGGGCUGAUGUGGAAUUUGAGCUGAGUGCAGACACAGAUGGCUGGGUAGCGGUUGGAUUCUCUUCAGACAGGAAAAUGGGUGGCGACGAUGUCAUGGCCUGCGUCCAUGAUGACAAUGGCAGGGUCCGCAUCCAGCACUUCUAUAAUGUAGGCCAGUGGGCAAAGGAGAUUCAGAGAAAUCCGGCCAGAGAUGAAGAAGGAGUUUUUGAGAACAACCGAGUCACCUGCAGAUUUAAGCGCCCUGUGAACGUUCCCAGAGAGGAAACAAUUGUCGACCUGCAUUUGAGUUGGUAUUAUCUGUUUGCUUGGGGUCCGGCCAUUCAGGGCUCUAUCACCCGACACGAUAUAGACUCACCACCAGCUUCAGAGCGUGUUGUCAGUAUUUACAAGUAUGAAGACAUUUUUAUGCCAUCAGCUGCCUAUCAGACCUUCUCCUCUCCAUUUUGUUUGCUUCUCAUUGUUGCCCUAACUUUCUACUUAUUGAUGGGAACCCCUUAAUCAGAGCUGCAAAGCCAACAGAUUAAAUGGAUUAGAAAGUAUACAUAUUCUUAAAGGAUAUGCAGUAUUAUCUUAGCUUCUAUUAUUUAAAAAAAAGACUCAUAUGGUUUCAGCUUUUUGGAAGAAAAAACAAGCUUCUUUUGUAAUCAAAGAGGAUUGUUUAAUAAUGACCCCAUACUUUUGGAAAGAACUCAAAACUUUUCUAAGUACUUUCAAAUGUUUUCUUAUUUGAAUUUCACAACAUCUCUGAGUUGGCUUGAUGAAAAUUACUAUUGCCAUCUUACUAAAUGGGAUUUGAGACUCAGGAGGGGUUCCUUUUUGUGACCCACAUGCCGUGUAGCCUUGGCCGCUUGGUCAGAUAACACAUAGCAAGAAAGACAAAGAAAUCAUGUCUCUAAACAACCUUUACCCUUCCAACUAUAGCUCAGGAGACUUACUUGGAGCAUUACUAAAGAGAACCUUAUUGGAUGGACGUAGUACACCGUCAACUAAACUUUUAGGCAGAAGAACUUUCAAAUUUCCAUAAAGCUUAAGUGCUUUUGGAUAAUUACACAGCUAAUGGGACAAUGGGGGAGAUUCCAAUGAUAUGAAAAUUGUUCGUAUUUAUUUGAAAUUUCUUCUCAAUUAGUGAGGAGCUACAGGAGAACAUUUUUUAUUGCUGUUGGAAAGGUUAGAGUUGAGUGUUCCUGAAGGUGUAGAAUUAUGUUAAUGGUAGAAAAUAUGGUCAUUCUUAGCAGAAUGUGGACUCUUCUCCCACUGUGUUUUAUAAACGAAGGUAUUCAUCUGUGGUUACAGCUAAUUCUGUUGUCAGAGUCAGCAAACACCGAGUAUAAUUAAAUAGUAAUAUAAUAGACAAAUUAUAUUAAUAAAAAACUUUAAGCAUUUUGAUAAUAAAUCAACAUUUUACAGAUUGUGUCAUUUGGAGUAGAAGCUUUCUAAAGAUGAGAUUUUUUUAAAUCGGAAAAUGGGAAAUGACCCGUGAAGUGAAUUCACCUAGAUUAUCCAUUCAGGCUUGUUCAGACUUGUAAACUGGAUCGGCAGUCAGCAUCAUUUAUAACAAUGCUUUGACUUAGUGUAUUUCCUAUUUUUUCAAAGGAUCCCAAAGGUUCCUUUGUUCCUAACAUCUGUGUUAACAGCCCGUUUAGAAGAAAAGAGUCUAUGGACGUGGCUCUGCUGCGGAGGCAUUUCCACGGUAGAGCUUUGGAGUCCUCUUGGCUUGCCGCCAUUGCUUUAAAGCUGGAUCCAGCUUUGCGGGUCUUUUGAUGAAACAGACUGGAGACUGUGAUUUCUAUCGCCAUCCCUGGAAGUUAUGUCAGAGGUGUAAGUCCACAUUUGAGGAGAGAUUUUGAGUUUUUCUGGAACUGAACAAAAAGAUGAAAAACAUGGAGAUUUUGCGACGUUACACAGUUCACCAAGCUCAUCUGAGGGAUGUAGGACAAUCGUUGCAGGUGGGGAGAGGUUAGCGGACAUCAGGGGAGCAAAGGAACUGGGUAGGAUUUAAACUGAAGAUACUUGGUUCAAGUCUCUGGUUCCACCUGACUACUGUCGCCUCAAAACUAAGCCCUCUGCCCAUGGCUGAGGAUGGUUGUUUAGUAGUGAAGACAUUGAGCAUGCAGGCACCCACAUUGUAAAUAGGAGAGCAAAUAUUUUUAUAUUUCAUUCUCUAAUGUGUAUUAUAGUUCAGCUAUAAAUAAUUUAAAGCUAAAGAGAGACUUCAGCUAGUCCCUGUAGCUGGCAGGGAAGAAAUAAAUACAUGGAUUUUUCCUCCGCUUACAGUUCAAGUUAGGCUACUUAUUUCAUGAAUUGGGUCUACUCUGGUUACCAGCUUUGCACAUUUGUGCUGAGAACUUUCAAUGAUUUCUCACUGCCAUUAGCGUGAAAUACAAGCCACUUUGAUUACCUCCAGUAUCUUCUUUAGUCACCACUUCUCACGGGUUCUGACCCAGCAAGACUGAACUGCUCUCAGUUCUUCAGACUUGCUUUCUUAACUCUCGUGUUGUCUGUGCCCAAACAGCCUCAGUCCAUUUCCUGUGCUUGCUCAACUCCUGCUCAUCUUUCAGGCCACAGCUUAAAUGCUUCUUCCUCCAACCCCCUAGCCUAGGAAGGUUUAGGUCCCUGCCAAAUGCUCCUGUAGCACACGGGGCUUCCCUGUGCCUGUUACUCUAACUGCUGGCCCCUCCUCCCUGCUAACUCCCUAGUGCAGGGAGUAAUCAUUUCUUGUUACUCAUCGUUGUCACACACACUGCUACAUGGUGGGUAUUCAGCAAACAUUUGUUGAAUGACUAAAUAAAACUGUAUUUUUAUGGCAGGUUUCUUG